UGCUGCACCACGGGGCAACAGCAGACAAACUCAGCCAAUAGCAGUAGUGAGCCAGCCGCAGCCUGUUCCCAUAGCUGUGGAAUAUCUGAGAGGCGCCCCUGGUUUGGUGUGCUGCCCACACUGCAGUCAUCUUGUAACCAGUAAGGUCACACAUGUACCUGGGACAGCUGCUUGGUGCUGGUGUGUCAUUCUUGCAAUGGCGGGGCUCAUCUGCGGCUUCUGUCUCAUUCCAUUAAUGGUACGGGGAAUGCAAGACACACAUCACUCCUGCCCACAGUGUGGAAACGCUCUGCACGUGCACAAAAGAUGACCCCGUGCUGAUUAAUUAACCUUACACAUCGAAGCGUGGACAAAUGAACUAAUGAACUUGUGAUGCUAGUGUGACAUCUAUGGCCCGGAGUCAUGUGGAGACUUUUGUUACAGAGGAACUCCAGCUCACCACACAUACUACCACAGCUGGUAGCUGUACUGAGACAUUUUUCUUUUUUUUCACACUUUAAGGCACACGAGCAGAAAAGCAUUUCUAAGAUGUAAAUAUGAAAAAGAAAUUACACAAAAACACUUUUCGCACUUUCUAAUUUUGCACAAAUGUAUUACAGUGUGAGGUCAUUUUGAUUAAAUGACACACCGCAAUAACACUUUACACUCCCCUAAAGGCACAGUUUGACGUGCAAGUGCAGGACAGUCCUUCUUCAUUGCAGACAGUGGGAUGAGACAGUGGGAUGCACCCAAGUUUAACACACAGUUGUCCAAAUUCUACCAUGAAAAGAGUUUUACAGCUCUGCACUAAAUUCUUUUAUCAUUUAUAAUUAAGCUUUCAUUGUUUUUUAAUCAAACUGACUGUGAUUUCUAUAUCUGAACACGAAAAAAACAAAAAUUGAUGCUUUUCAGAUUUACUGAAGUUUUUAAAGUACCUUUAACUGCCUAACUGCACUAUUUUACUCUUAAGUGAUAGUUAGAAAAAAGGUUAUGUGGUUUAAAUUAUUAUAUUUAUUAUAUCUGUUAUUAUUUCAUGUGAGAAUGGUGACCUAACUCUGCUGCACUGCUUUCUAAGCAGCUGUAACCAGUCAGUGGGACUGACUCAUUCUCUGGUGUGGCUUUGGUCCAAAUGCCAGCCACGCCUGAUUGAAACCUGUUCCUGAACUGAUUUACAGGACUUCAAUUUACUUAGCAACAUGUAGAAGGUUUGUUUACACCAGCAAUGUUUACUCUCUGACAAGUAAAUGUUUAGCUUUACAAAUAUGUUAUGUGAUCAAAAGAAAAUCAUAAAUAAAUAGAAUUCCUUAAAGUGCCUUAAUGGGUGUGAUACGUUGGAAAUCUAUCACAUAAAAAUGGUCCAAAGAAAGUACACCCUCUUCAAAUUCCAAGGUUUUUCUUAUUAGGAGAUGAUAAAAAAUGUUGAAAAAAUGUUGGUCUUUAGCAGGUCUUGAAGUUGAAGACUUGAUAGAUGAUAAAUCAAUGAGAUAUUAUUCUGUGUCUCAUUUAAUUAGCAAAAAAUAAGCCAAAAUGCAGAAGCAGUGUGUGAAAAACUAAGUAAAACCUUAGUGUUUCUACAGAAACUUGGAAGGUAAGCAGCAGGUGCUGCUAAUCACAUGCACUUGAUUAACUGAUCAUCGCAUGUGAGCACCUCUAUAAAAGUAGAGGUUUCGGGUGUUUGCUGCUCUGAAGCAUUCAGGUGUGUGUUAGCACAAUGACAAACAGUGAUCUUAGAGACACCGUUUUUAUUUUCCAUCAAUCUGGAAAGGGUCGUGAGGUCAUUUACCAACAAUUUGAAGUCCUUCAUUUUACAGUGAGGUAGAAAACAUUCAAGCCAGCUGCUAGUCAUCCCGGAAUGGACAUCCCAGCAAAUUCACCCCAACAUACAGAAGAUCCAAUAAUCAGAGAAACUGCAAAACAUCCAAGAGCUGCAUCUCAGACUCUACAGGCCUCGGUUAAAUGUUACACUUCAUGGGAGUACAAUUCGAAAAAGACUGAUCAAGUAUGACCUUUAAACCUGUAGAGUGGAGUGGAAUAAAAUUCCUCCACAAUGGAGAGAGGGACUUAUAAAGGGACACAGAAAGUGAUUACUUUUAAUAGGUUGUGGCUGCUAACGUUGGUUCUACAUGCUACUGAAUCAUGGGAUGUACUUGUUGUUGUUAAAACCUGAUAUGCAAAACCUUCGAGCUGACAGGUGUACUUUUUCCUUCCUUAUAGCGACUGUAUGUGUAACUUCUGUGUAGCAGUUUGUUUGAUUUCAGUAGUGAUUUUAUUUUUAAUCCCAUUACCUUUGACUCUGCACCAAUGUUAUAAUUUAAAAUGAGGCCUAUUAAAGAAUAAAGGAGGUGUGUAUUAGCAGCUACCCUUUUCAAUUUUGUUUUAGCACAGGUAUCUUAGCUGCACUGUAAAUGUGGAGUAGACAAACACAACUUGUAUAUCUUACCUGGCUUUGGCACGAUUGGAAAAGUUUUGCAGCUAGUUGGCUAUCAGUCACUUCACUGGAGACCAGCAAGUCUGACCAAGAAACAAUCCAGCACAGAGGGAGCUUCAUGUGAAUCUCUCAGAAUAUGAACAACAGGAAAACCUGUGUGGUACUUACAUUUACUAACCAGCCGAAAUUAGCUACUCUUGCAGACGAAAUCAAACUCAAACUUCAAACUGGCUGCAGCUUGUCCAGUUUGUCAGUGUGAGACUGAACCGCCAUGAAGAGGCUUUUGCUGCUGUGCGUGACGGCCUUCUGUCUCGGCGUGUGCGUCGCCGCCGACACGAAGGAAGACAAACAGUUCCCAGAGAAAGAUGGAGUGUUACAGCUGAAGAAGGGGAAUUUCAAAAGGGCGCUGAGAAAGCAUGACCAACUCCUGGUGCACUUCUUUGCCCCUCUGUCGGGAGAAAGCCAGCGUGUGUCUGCAGCGUUCCAAGGAGCUGCAGCAGAGCUCGAGGGGUCAAAGGUCAAGCUGGCAGUGGUUGAUGUGUCAAAAGAGAAGGACCUGGCUAAAGAACUGAACGCGACAGGCCACCCGGUAAUCAGACUGUACCUCUCCGGAGAUAAACACAACCCAGUAGCCUGCCCUGUUCCUCAGAGCUCGGCUUCCAUCUUGACCUGGCUGAAACGGAGGGCAGGGUCAGCUGCUGACCUCGUCACUGAUCUCAGCCAAUCAGAGGCCUCAGAAGAGGUGACAGUGGUUGGAUUCUUUAAGGAGCUGAACCACGAGUACGUCCAGGUGUUCUACGCCACAGCGGUCGAGCUUCCUGACGUCAGGUUUGUGGUGACGCAGGACGAUGACGUCAUCGCCAAAUACGGCCUCACACAUGAUGUUGUUCUGAUGCUCAAAAAGUCUAAGCUCAUCAAGGCUUACAAAAUGACACCCGAGACAUCUACAGGGGUCCUGAUCGUCUUUAUCACCAUCUACCAGAUGGACCCAGUCACUGAGUACACCGGGCAGACAGCCUCUCAGAUCUUAUCGUUGCCUGUGUUAAACCACGCUCUUCUCUUUGUCAACAAAAGUUCAGAAGACUUUGAUGAGAUUUUCUCUGCCUUCAGCACCGCUGCAGAGACAUUCAGGAUGAAGAUUUUGUUUGUGAUGGUGAACGUGGCUGAGCUUCGCAAUGGCAGAAUUAUGGAGUACUUCCGGGUGCGGGACUUUGAGGCUCCCCUAAUCCGACUGGUUAACCUGUCAAAUCACGUGACCUACCAUCUGCCCUCUGACGCCCUGAACGUAGAGAUCAUAGAAAAGUUCUGCCAGGACUACCUCGAGGGCAAAGCUAAGCCUAAGAUGCAGAGCGAGCCGAUACCUGAAGGAUGGGACCAAAAACCAGUGAAGGAGCUGGUGGGGAUGAAUCUGGAGAAAGUUGCCUUUAACCCAGACAAGACUGUUUUUGUCCUGUUUUAUCUGCCCUACAGUAAAGAGUCCCGCGCUGUGUUUCCGCUGUGGGAGGAACUAGCUGAGGCCUUUGAGGAGCGCGAGGACGUGGUCAUCGCUCGUAUUGAUGCUUCAGCCAAUGAUAUCAACUUGUCAGUGCAGGGCACGUACCCAUCACUCUGCUUGUUUCCUGCUCUGUAUGCUGAAAGGGUGGUGGUUUACACUGGAAAAAAGAAGCUGAAACCCCUGAUUAAGUUUGUAGAGAAGGAGAUGGAGAAAGCCAAAAAAUACAGAGCUAAGGAGGAUGAAGACAGGAGGAAGUACAUCGAGGCCAUGAAAGCUGAGGAGGCAAAAAAAGCCAACAACACCAAAGAUGAGCUUUAAUACAACAACAAAGACGUGUCUGUGUGUGUGUGUGUGUGUGUGUGUGUGUGUGUGUGAAAUGAUGCUCUUUAAAUGUUUCUAAAUAAAAAAAUACUUUUUCUUUUUUGAUUCUGCA